UAAAAGGUGUGUCGAAAGAGGAGUCUCCGGUAUUUUGCUGCUUUGAGGUCAAAAGGGACAAACCCCUAUUAACUUUGUCAGCUUUAAUAACUCCAUUACAAAGAGACUGCAGAUUAAAACGGUGGCACACACGGAGAACAGAUGUUAAACUAAAGGUGUGACUGGCAAAGUUUGAUUUUUUCCAGUGAAGAGAUGAGUGCUGAAAUUAGCACCAUCCCCACGUUACCACUUUUUUUGGAUUCUAUUUGGUCUAAACAAGUCAACGCAUCUCACAGCUCUGACCAAAACCACACCAACGUAUGGGUAACGGCACCCACGGCUGUAUACGACCCUCCUGUUCCCUACAUUGGCAGAAUGGACCCACCCCAGCCCGGCACGACCCCAGACGAGGCCUGUGAACUGGGGUCUGAGUUUCAGGCCCAGCUCGACUUGUUCCUCAAGCUGGGGUUUUCCCAAAUGCAAGUUCGAGCUGCUUUCCUGAAACUCGGUGUCAACGCAGAUACAAACAAAGUUCUGGGGGAGCUGAUACAGGCUGGUGUGCAAUCAGGGGAGAAAUUGGAACCCACAGCCUCCCCGUUGCUGGUUCCACGUGGGGACGGUACCAGUAAGACCCGGAAUGUCCAGACACACUGUCAUAGCGCUCUGGAAGUGUCUACGGCUCCGGAAGAGCUGACAGAAGAUGACGAUACCCUUCGACCGAUUGUUAUUGAUGGGAGUAAUGUAGCAAUGAGCCAUGGUAACAAGGAAGUUUUCUCCUGUCUGGGAAUUCAGCUAGCAGUGAACUUUUUCCUGGAGCAAGGCCAUGUUGACAUAACAGUGUUUGUACCUUCCUGGAGGAAAGAGCAGCCGCGGCCAGACGUCCCAAUUACAGAUCAACACAUUCUCCGGGAUUUGGAACGCAGGAAGCUCUUGGUGUUCACGCCGUCCAGAAGGGUGGCAGGAAAACGGGUGGUUUGCUAUGACGACCGUUUUAUCGUGAAGCUGGCGUAUGAUUCCGACGGCAUCAUUGUGUCCAAUGACACGUACCGAGAUCUGCAGGGAGAACGUCCUGAGUGGAAGCGAUUCAUCGAGGAGAGACUUCUGAUGUACUCUUUCGUCAAUGAUAAAUUUAUGCCUCCGGAUGACCCUCUGGGAAGACAUGGUCCCACCCUUGACAACUUUUUGAGGAUAACUCCACGACUAGCCAAGAAACAGCCAUGCCCUUACGGAAAGAAGUGCACCUAUGGAAUCAAAUGUAAGUUCCACCACCCAGAGCGAACCAAGCAGUUCCAGCGGGCUCUAGCCGACGAGCUACGAGACAAGGCAAAAGGUUCAUCUGCACCAAACAAACCACAGUCGGUUUCUCUUGCUCCGAGUCAAAGUCCAUCUCUGGAGGAAGUUAUGGAACAGAAACUAUCUCUGGACCCAUCUGGAUCUCCCAAGAAGAGUUACGCCAGUGAAAACGUACUUGUCAUCAAAGGUGUCCCCCAGCCAACUCAGAAGAAGUUUUCCUCAAAGAGAGAUCGAAGUAGUCGCCAUUCCCCAACAAGUCUAGAUUGUUUUCCUAAUGGAUCGCAGGAGCAUUUGGAUUCGGGCUUGGGUUCCUAUGAAUGUCAUUCCCCUGAAGCUCCACAGUUUGACCGCUACUGCGGAACUGACCACAGGAAGUUUAAACCAUCCACCAGUGGAUGGCAUCGCUAUGCUCCAACCAAUAGCCAACCCUGCAGUUGCUGCUCCAACCAAUCCCUGAGCUCCAGUGGAGCCAAUCAGCACCACAGCAUGGGCUCCAACUCACCAAACCCAGAACAUAUGGGUUACGCUCAACCCCGUUACCACUCCUAUGGAGGAGGUCCAAUUUACCCACCAGCCAACAUGUCGCAGUAUUCAUUUCCACACACUAGGGGGCAUCCACCCCACCAGGGUUACUGGUCCGACCAUUAUGGUGGCUAUCCACCAGCAUGCCACAAUGCCGUGCAUGGAGAGCGAGGCCGUGGACACUGGUCCCACUCCAACCACAAUCCUCAGUGGUCCGAAAGGGAACAAGUGAGGAAGAAGUUGCUGGCAAUUUUCAACGCACGUUUGGUGGAUAGGGCCAUGGACAUGUUCCCCUAUCUUCUAGACCCUCAAAGACUUGCCGCAGAGAUUUUGACCCAGUCUCAGGAUGGAGCUUUAUAAGUAUCUAUUUUUGGGACUGUUUUUAAUCUUAUCCAAAGGAUUUGACAAUAAUAAGAGUAAACUUUUGGCACAGAGUGUGUCCUAAAGAGGUAUGACGCAUUAAAGCGAUUUUGUUCAUUGUAAAUAUGAGGUUUGGUCCUGCUGCAACCACAAUUAAUUAUUGUGUCAGUUGUUUGGUUUCUAUUUGGUCCAAAAUUCUGCUUCACUUAAACUCAAAGUAUACUUCGAUUCUGACACGAAUGCUCAGUCAAACGCGAGCCUGGCAAAGUAUAAUCCAUAUGAUGUAGUUGGUGCAUGUGUGCUAUGACUGCUACGAGGCAACGUGUCUUUAAAGUCCUUCAGACUCGAGUUAUACAAUUGCAGGUAUCUUCUGACCUCCUCACAUAUGCGUGCUUGAUGUGCACACCCACUGUCGUUGUUUCCACCUCGUUUACUGUUGUUUAGCAGCGAUUAGAUCUUCUAGAGCAUCUUGGUGACCACAACGGCUCAGUUGUGAGUGUUGCCACCUUGUGGCCCCACAAAUUGGUGCUUGCGUUCAGUGUUUCAGCGAGGAGAGAAAAAUGGGUAACACUUUAAAAUAAGGUUAAAUUUAUUAACAUUACAUACAUUUACAUUCAUGCAUUUUGCAGACGCUUUUAUCCAAAGCGAAUUACAGUUCACUUAUUACAGGGACAAUCCCCCCCGGAGCAACCUGGAGUUAAGUGCCUUGCUCAUGGACACAAUGGUGGUGGCUGUGGGGAUCGAACCAGCAACCUUCUGAUUACCACCACCGCUCCAUUAUCCUUAUUAAUUAACACUAUUGGUUAACAUGAACUUGCAAUAAACAAUACUUUUAGUGCAUCAAAAGUUGUAUAUGUUAACAUUAGUUAAUGCACUAAGAACGAACAUGAACUAACAAUGAACAAUUGUAUUUGUAUUCAUUAACUAAAAUUUUAAAACGGCUUAAAACAUAUUUUUUGUUAUUGUUAGUUCAUGACAAAUAACAAUAACAAAUGUAACCUUAUUAUAAAGUGGUACUGAAAUAAAUAUAUAUUUACAAAGGUUAGCAUGCCUUCAAAGCAGUUGUUGGUACCAUAAACAAAAUGCAGUAAUCUACAGUGUGACACGACGAUGUAACACAAAAGUAAUUGCGAAAAUAGCGAUAACGGCACAUUAACGCCGACACGUUUUCUAAGUGAAUUUCUAAACAAUGGACUGCUGACACAAACUCAUACAAGUGGACCUACUUCAAUUGUAUUUUUCCUAUAACUUUUGUAAAUUCACCACUUGUUGUAUUAAACAACAGGGUGUUUUCCCUCUUGCCAUAGUUCUCAAGAGUUAUAUUUACAUUUGUUAUAAUUUUGAGUGUUUGAGUUUUAUCAUUAUGUAAUGACGACAUGACACAUGUAUAAAUAUAUACAGUAUAUAGAUAUAUUUGUGUGUAUGCCUAAGUGUAAUUAAUUGAGGUUAUGUCCUUGAUCUGCAGUACCAUGUAGAUUAAAUGUGUUAAAUGUGUUCGCACUGUGUGCCUUAACUGACAUUUGCUAUGCAGAACUACCAGAAACUUAUAAAAUGUCCUAAAUUAUGCAAUCAUCACCAAUGUAACUUCAUACAAUUCAGAAAGAGAAGAGAAAUGCACCUAUCGGAAGUUGGGCUGUCAUUAGAGUAUAGUUAAGAGACAAAGAGACUUUGUUGUGAAACUUUUGGUGCCUCUGUUAGUUUGUUUUGAUUGAAGAUGUUUAGAUUUUUGUUGGUAGUCUGCAAAAUUGAGUAGGCAAUAUUUUGCCAAUUUUUUGGGUUUAGCAGCUUUGGCGAUCUGUCAAAUCUUAAUGUGCUCUCGCCUCAUUUAUACACGUCUUUACCUUUUUUGUGCUGUGUCUCAUAUUUUACAAAUAAAUGCCAUGAUAUUUAU